AUGGCCGCGUCUCACGGGAGAGUCGAUCAGCGCUUUGUGGACUGGAUGGCAAGUUUACCGGCCAGCAUGCACACCAUUCCGCUCACCAACCUGGCAAUUCCCGACGACCCGCCGGGCCACAGCACCAGCCCAGAGCUGUGGCCUGAGCUGACACCAAAGAGCCAGAGUGAGAGCAGGAGAGGAGGCCGAGGAUACAGGGCUCGUCUGUAG